ACAACACAGCUACACAACCACAACGCUACACAACCACACAUCUACACAACCACACAACCAGACAACUACACAACAGCAAUUCAUUCACUUGCCAAGACUUGUGUGAUUGUAACCCAACCGACACAGCCGUGUGAGAAAACCCAUCAGACCGGGGGAAACGCAGACCCAGUAAAUCUGGCUUUGAGAGUCUCCUGUAGCUGAAUCCAGUACGACUCCUCCUUUGAUUUUAAUAAUGGGCCUGUGUUCUGUAUGGGGGAGAUGGCUUUCAUACUGAAGGCACAGAUCUCUCUUCUCUCUCCCCUCUCAUGUCUCUCCUCUCUCUCUGUCUCUUCUCUUCUCCUCCCACCCUCUCUGUCUCUCCCCUCUCUUUCUCCCUCUCCUUUCUCCUCUCCUCUCUCGGUUUUUGUAAGCUGUUAGUACUGUGUAAUGUUAUAUUGGAACUGCAUUUCUUAUCGUAGUUCUGGCUGCUGUGCAAUGUCUUGAGAGAGCUGCUCAGCGUCGGUCACGGCAGGGACGGGAGCGCUGCGACGCUCUCCUGCGGUUACACCGUUUUCUUUAAUAAAAGCUUCUUUUGCAGAAUCCAGUCCAGCCUCGUGUUUUAUGGCACACAGUAAAACCUGCUGCAUUUGUCAGCUCUCUGCAUUGCAUUGCAUCGCACGCUGCAGCGCUGCGGCGUCUCUCAUGAGUUCAUGCUGUUCAGAAUUCACUGUCAUGGUUUUUGUCUCCCUCGUGUGGACAGAGUCGGUACCGCACCCAAUUCCCACAAUUCACAGCUCGAGUGUACGCCGGACACGAACGACUUGAGCAAAACAAAACGCCGACAAGUACGCGAAACCGGGCUCGUCUUUUUAUUCUCACCGACAUGAGACCCUGUUUCUCUUUGCUGUCGAGUCCUGUGCGGUUCAAAGCCCUGUUCCGCUCGACCGGGCGGCCCAAGUCUCGCCUCGGAGCCUCGGGACUCGCUUUGAGCAGUAGCCGAUCCCGGAGCGCUGUGGGACGGCGGGUGGUGGUGGGCUCGGGGCCGGCGGUGCUGGAGCUCGUCUCCGGGCAGGUGGAGGUGAGAGAGGACUUCAUCAGCGAGGAAGAGGAGCGGGAGCUGCUGGACGAGCUGGAGCCGGUUCUGAAAAGGAAGCGAUAUGAGUUCGACCACUGGGAUAACGCUAUCCACGGAUACAGGGAGACUGAGCGCUCCCACUGGAGUGAGAGGAACUCAGAGACCCUGCAGAGAGUUCGGGACACGGCCUUCCCUCCCGGGACCCCCCAGCUCGGCCCGGUCCACGUGCUGGACGUGGACAAGGAGGGCUACAUCAAACCCCACGUGGACAGCGUCAAGUUCUGUGGCAGCACCAUCGCGGGGCUCAGCCUGCUCUCUCCCAGUGUGAUGCGAUUGGUCAGCGAGCAGAACCAAUCAGAUUGGGUGGAUUUGCUGCUGCAGAGACGCUCUCUCUACAUCCUCAGGGGUGCAGCUCGCUACCUCUUCACUCACCAGGUCCUGAGGGCGGGAGACUCUUAUUUCGGAGGGGUGGCGGUGCCCCGGGGCCGACGCGUCUCUGUGAUCUGCAGGAGUCUUCCCAGCGCGGCCUGAAGGGGGCGAUGUGGAGAGAGCGAGCCUGUUCACUGCGCUGUGUCCCCCUGUGCUGAUGGACUCCUCUGCGCGGUCCAGCUUGUUGAAUCCUGAUUUCGUUCUUGAUGCUCUGAACCUGUACCCACGACACAAUGCAGCUUUGGAGAUUUUUUUUAUGUACCGUUGCAGUGCUGGAGGACAAACUGAGACACAGUGGAGGACACUUGGAAGGACCGUGUCUCUGCGGUGAGCGUGAGACGUGCCUCUCUCUCUCUCUGUCUCUCUUGUGAUUGAGUAUUCCUGUGUUUCUUGCCAUUUUUUUUAAUUUUUUGUUCCCCGUGCUGAAUGAUCGACGUGGUCGCUUCGAAAGAAGAAUUAUUUCAUAUAUUAUGUAUUAUAUAUUAUAUAUUAUAUAUUAGAUACUUGUUUAUAAAAAAAAGAAUGUUGAUCCGGAAGCUCAAAUAAAUCUUGUGUGUGUCUCUC